UGGCUGGGAUGUGUACUACUUCCUGCUGGGGGUCGUCUAGAGAACACCAUGAAGGUUUUUGGAGUUGCUGGUUUUGCUAAAAACAAAAGGCUGAUCUUCUCUGUUUGAAAAAUUUCCUUUCAUUGGUUUAUUUUUCAGCGAUAGCUUCAAUCGGAUUGGAGGAGGCAACAACAAUGGAAGGACGUGGUGCACUACUCCCUCGUGUCCCUGCCUUUAAAAAUAUCUAAUGUAACCAUUUUAAUGCCACGACCUUACGACAUUAAAGAGAUUGGAUAUUUUAACGUUUGUGAAACACGUUUUUAUGAACGUUUCAGUCACACAUCUCUCUCCUCAGCACAUUCAGACAGCCGUGCCUCCGUAUGCAUUCAAAUCCAGAUGCAAACUGAAGACAAUAGAAGGAAAUGGGAAGCUCCCGGUACAGAUCAAGACCUCCACAAGUUCCCAGAGCACUUAAAUGAAAAAGUUUCGCCAACUUUUCGAGUGUAAACCCAGAACUCGGUUUACUGGAACGGGUUUUAUUCACCUGGGACCAAGAAAAGUGGAUUUAAAGUGAUGGCUGAAGAAAUCCAGCUGAGAGAGAAGAAGCCGAGAACUCUCCCUCGCUCUGAUGGGUGUGGUCUGUAUAAUUUUGAUGCUCUGGAUUUGUCUGGAGGGUUGAGGAUCGUCCUGGUGGGAAAGACUGGGUCAGGGAAGAGUGCAACAGGAAACACCAUCCUUGGGAAAGCAGCCUUCAAAGAAGACCCGAGCCCCGUGUCUGUAACCAAACACUGUGAGACACAGAGUGGGGAGGUGGAUGGGGUUCCUGUCCAGGUGAUUGAUACUCCGGGGCUGUUUGAUACAGGCAUCACCGAAGAGGAUCUGAAAUCCAGAAUAGAGGAGUGCGUCAAAAUGUCCGUUCCUGGACCUCAUGCCUUCCUUCUAGUGAUCCGGCUUGGAGUCAGGUUCACUGAGGAGGAGAGGAACGCCGUUAAGUGGAUCCAGGAGAACUUUGGAGACGACGCCUCCAUGUACACUAUCAUGCUGUUCACGUGUAAAGAUCAAGGCAAAGCUGACAAUGCUCUGAAAGAGUGUAAGGAGCUGAGGAGACUCUCAAUCACGUUCGGACGCAGGUACCACGCCUUUAACAACAACGACGCAGAAGACCGCGUGCAGGUCACAGAGCUGGUUAGCAUGAUCAAGGAAAUGAUUCAGGACAACGGAGGGAAGCACUACACCAACGAGAUGUACGAGAAGGCCCAGAGAAAGCUGAGGGAGGAGGAGGAGCGAAAAAAACAAGAGGAGGAAGAGAAGAAAGAAGAAGAGAGAAAAAUGUGGGAUGCAGAGAGGGAGAAGCAGCAGAAAGAGAGAGAAAAGGAGAAAAAAGUUAGAAGAAAGAAUAUCCGGGUGGCGUCGGCUGCUGCUGUAGUGCUGGUGUUGGCGGGGGUGGUUAUAGCUGUGGGGGCCAACACCACGGUGGCUCUGGCUUUGGGAGCUCCUGCUCUGUUUCUUGGAGUCUUAUGUGGCCUGGCUGCCAUUGUCAUAUGGAAAGGGAUUAAAUGUAAAUCUAAGCACAACGGUAUAGUUUAACAGAAGUGGGUGCAGUGGCAUGUGCACCAGUUUGGAAUUACCUUUAAAAGUGGUCUAAAUCCAUAAAGAUGCACACUGCUGAUGAUAUGCAAAUAGUUUUCUACCAUUUGUGACUAUUGUUUGGUGUGAAUACAUAUUUAUAAUCAUCAAGGAUUUUCUCCACAGUAACAAAAUGAAGCAUACGUGAUAAAUGAAGUACUUAAAAAAAAUUCUUUGGUCACUCUGAUGUUGGAUAUGCCUGCAAUUAUUUUUCUUCAACCCCCAUCGCCUUUGUUAGCUGCAUUAAAAAAUUGACAGGAAACCAAACAAGUCAGAUAACAACAGCCUCUCCUACAUCACAGGGAAAAUCAGCAAUCAUGGCCUCGCCCACCUUAGCUUGGGAUGGCAGAAGUUUGUGUUGAUUUAGCGGCCAGGAAAGAGCAGAGGGUGUGUUGCUAACAGAAGCUAACCAUUAGCAAUAGCAAGAUUACAAGAUGGUGGAACACAUUCUGGCUUUUGUCAUUUGUUUAGAUAACACAUGAGCAUUGUAUUAUUACCCUAUAAAAGCGAAUAAAGGCAGCGGAAGAGUUGUUUUGCUGUAGGCCAAACAGAGGCGAUAUGCAUGCCCAGAAGCGCCUGAAUCAGCAUGAAGAAGAAGAGCACACGCCAACCUUGGAAUCUGAUACCCCACUGAAUGCCCUUUAAAUACACUUUAAAUAGAAAUUGAAAAGGCUUGGGAUAAAAAAAAUAAAAAGCAUGACCACACGUACCAUCCAGCCACAAAGAACUACCACACGUUGGCCACCCCAUCUUAACAGAUCUGGACACGCCACUAAGAACACAACAGGAUUUGGAGUUAUUUUUCCUGAUGUUUGGACAUGUCACCUCUGAUUGGCUAACAACAACACAACUCCACUACUGAAUCUGCAACAUUGAUACUUCAUCAAAUAACACAAGCCUGAAGGAGUUCUGCAGUGUGGUGGAUUAGCUCAUGCUAACGGUUAGCUUUUUCAAUCAGAGACAUUCUUUGAUGUUUCCUGGAUGCUAAACCAACAACAGCCUUCCUGAUGUGAGGUGACAGUGUGAUGUUGAUCAGACUUUUCCAAUCCGAGAGUUUCACCGUCAAUUUUCUAUCAGAAGGGAAUGCAGGUGAUCCACACCUUUAAACCAAUAAUUGGAUCUUUGUUUUUUUGUGUCAUUUGAAUCAGUUUGAUUCGAAAGUUACAUUUUCUACUCACAACGUCAAUGGCAAAAAAUAAAAAAUUACUUUGGAUGUGACUCAUAAUCUAAGUUAUGAUUCAAACCCUUGUUUUUUUAAUGAAACAUGUUUAGUAUUUUCUUGGUGGUUACUUGAAAUUACUGUUAAAAUAAAUAAUGUUAAAACUAAUUCUACUUAUAGUUUCCUUUACUGUUUCUUAUCUAAUGGUUUUCGUGUUCUAAUUUAAACUAUGACGAGUUGUUUCCUGUGCUGUAUUGUUCACAUCACAAACUCACAGGAAAUGUGAAACAAAGCUGCACUGCAGUCACUUAUUUGUGACUGAAGCAACCUCUACCAUCUCAGUUUGGGUCAAAAUCACCCAAAAGCAUUCCAAAUUUGUAAUUCUGAUUCUGUUUCUUUUCACCAUUCAACAAAACUGGAUAAAAACGUUGGAUAAAAUUCAUACUUUCAUUUAAGUAUUUGCAUUUUAAUCAAAAAUGAUGUUUCUUCAUUUGAUUUUCAUUGACAAACCGCAGAGUUUCAAACAACACAUUAAACCUAAGGAAA